AUGUCAACCCACCCACUCGAAGGCCUCGGCCUCGACCUAGACCCAACCAAACCAAACCUCAACACAAGAGACCUAAACCCAAACCUCCUACACACAGACACCUCCCUACAAAAACGCUACACAACAAUCUCAAUCCCCUCAACCUACGGCCGCCUGAACACCAGUCCCGCCGCAAGCACAGUAGUGGGAAUCGUACUCGGCAGCGUAGGAGGCUUCGUACUGCUAAUGUACGUACUAUUCCUCGCUGUGAACCCAGGGGGCAUUGCGCGCGGCGGGGUCGCAGCGCCAACGUCAUCCUCGAUAUCGAUGUCGAUGUCUAUGUCGAUGGAUGAUGAAGAGAUCGGGGACGUGCGCAGUCGACGCGGGUCAGCUGCUGGACGGCGACGACCCAACGUCAUCGAGGUAACUGAGGAACGAGAGUCUUUCCGUGAUAGUUAUCGACGUCGGCCGUCGUCGAGACAUGAUCGGGUCGUUGUUGAGGAGUCUUUGGCUACUUCUACGACUGGGGAUAUGGAUCCAGAUGUUAUUGAGGUUGAGGAGGAUGAGUCUAGUGUUCCUUCUGAUGUUUCGCCACGUCCGCCGCGGAGACCGAGGAGGGGUGGGGUGAGGCAUGUUGAUCCCCUUGCUUAUGGCGGGGGAAGUGAUUAUAGUAGUCAGAGGUGA